GAGGCAGGACACGACGCCCGCCGCUCGAUAUUCGAAGGAUGCUGGCGACGCUGUGCGCAUGCGCGCGGAGACUACACACGGACGCGGGGCACGCUGUACGGCGAGUUCUGCGAACGGCGCGUGCACUCGCCGUGGGCACCCGAUGCAGGGCCUCCCCAUCCCGCUCACGAGGCACAUAGACCAUCCCAACCCACCGACGGAGCGCACCCUGCGCCCGCGCACGCCCUGCCCGAAUCGUCCGCGCAUGGCACGCCGCGGAGAACGCCCACGACGGAGCCUGGGAGCCCCGUUCACGACAAGGCCAUGAAUCAUCCAUCUGCAGCCGCGCGCGACGUUCAGGCGGGACCGGGAGCAGUAUUCCUGCCGUCUCGUGGGCCAAGGCGUGGAAUGCACGUCGUGCACUAGACGAUGCGUCCGGGGACGUGCCAUACGCUGUGCAAAAGCUCGUCGGGAACGGGGAGGCGGGGAGAUGAUUUGUGUCGGACAGCGUGUAUUCGCAUGGAAGGUGUGAGCACUGUGUAUCGCGUCCCUGACGUCUUUUGCAUGAAUACUGCGAGCUCAAACCCGAGUUCUUCAUUCGCUCCUGGAAAGUGUGCUCGUGAUGCGGGAGAAGACACGAGGCUCGACUCGUCGCCGCCGCGUCCUUGCACGUCUACUUAGUACACGCUGCGAGCUAGACUCAGUACUCGGAGUAGUUGCGACCUCGGCCAGCACUACUUCUUCGCGCUACGCCCAUGGAAGUGUGUAUCUCGUGGUCAAGAGAUUCUGCGAUUAGGCAUGGCGAGCCGGAGACUCACUCGACAAGUACGGCGGACGAGGGCUCACAACACGACCACGCGAGGCGAGCACGGCGUGUUUUCCGCAUCAGCACAAGGUCGCAUGCUCUCGCAAACGCCAGCCGUCGCGUUCGCGAAUGCGACGAGCUCGACUUUGUAUCCGCCGAGGAGACUCGCUCGCACGUCCGCGAUGUGGUCUCAACGCCCUCCAGCAGUGAUCUCUCCAGGAGCCUCUCCUCUGGGAGUGCGCGCCUUCGAUUGCUCGUACUCGCUGCCGGUUCCCAUGCACGCGCUCGCGGACCGCGGUGCUCGUUCCAAGCUACGGGGCCUCGCGACAAACUCGUACCCAACCGCGCAAACUUGCAGCGUCGAUAUGCACGUUCGAUAAUGUUUCUAGGCUGCGUCCAGGGCCGUUGGACACGUUUGGCGAGCUCCUGUCUGUAAUACACCACUCUGGAGCUCUCGUACGCGCGCAGGAUUGUCUUCUCGAGACGUCGUGCACGUCUCGAGAGCCCUCCAGCAGACAUCUCUCCUCGGCGGGCUCCAGCCCUCGGUCUCUUGUGCACGCUAUACCUACUCGUGCACACGCCUGUAGAUGACGG